AUGCCCGAACAACGAAUGUUGACAUUCUCAGUUGCUCUUGCGUUGGACUUCGGCGAGUUUGUGAUAUCUAUCAACGGGCCAGACGACAUGCUCUUUACGGUAGAUUGGAUCCCGCAUGUCAAAUCUGAAGCCAUGGACAUGAGCCGCUCUUCAGUCACCAAUAUGCUCGAAGCUUGGCCGAGUUACAUGCAGAACGUCGUCAAGUGGCUUGAACACGUGUAUCCCGCCAUGACCCCAGAACAAAAGGAUAUGGAUAUUUCGAGUUUCAUGUCUCAAAACUCUGACGAACAACAUUUAUUCGCGGGGAUCAAGCAGCAUUCCCGGUCAGAAGUCCUGUAUCGAGCGGGCCUGAGUCCUGAAUUGACUCUCAGAGAAGUGGUUGAGGCACGUAGCCGCCUCUAUCGACUUAUUCUUGGCGCGUGGCAAUAUAAGUAUCUUGUGCUUCAUCAUACGUGGCCCACCUUCAUCAAACCCACGGUUUAUCAUAGAGCAAUCGCCCCGCUCUUCCACCAACGUCUGAAAUACACGGAUAGUUCGUUGCACGCUCAUGGGAAGAGUCCCAUCACGCUCUCUACGCGUUUAGCCGAACAGUUACAGAAGAUCAAUGACGAGUCGGAAGAACUUGCAUCAGACGGACGUCGCCUCUCCUUUGAUGCGUUUGAGCCCUCACUCCUCGAGGACGCUUUGAAGCAUGCCCCCGAGUUCUGCCCCGCUAUCUUUGGCCAGUCAUUCUGGAACAGCCAUAAGGGCGAGAUAGAUAAGCUUCCAUGGGACGGGAAUCCUCUUGUCGAAAAAGAUACUCGUGAAGGGUCUUUCCUCUCGAGUGUGAACCUAAUAUGUACAGAGUCUUGGACGCGGCUUCUUCUUCCGCAGAAGUAUCGUCGCUCACGCGCUGUCAAGGCUUACGUGUACGCUCAAGGUACACCUAACGAGAUCUGGACGCCCAUAAAACCUUGGAGAACACCGAACACGGAAGUCAUCACCUCACCUCAAUCUCAUGGAGAUAUCUCGUCUACACAAGAUAUAUACAUGCCAGGCGUACUGGAGUCUCCUGGGGUAGCUGUUGCGGUUCGAUCCAAAUCUGGGAAAUCGCGCUUUACCUAUCCGUCGCGCGGCGUGGCAACAGACGACAGCCCUGCGACAUACCAGAUGAUGCACGUGAAUCUGGUCAAGACCCUAGCGCGUAUAACAGAGAACAAGAACCACAUUGCACGUCGAGGCACGAUUGCGAUGAGCGAGGAAGAAAAGGCUCAAAGAGCGCGCGCUUACAAGGCUUUCGACGAAAUGUGGCUUGAUCGCUUUGGAUACGUCCCGACAUCGACCAAGAGUUCUACUGGCACCGAAGGUACUACAAAGCAAGAAAGCGGGCUCAAACGACCCCGCAAGCGUCGGCAGGUGGACCUGGUUCUAGCAGAUGUUCAAGAAGAGGACAAACCCCAGGCGCGAAAGAGGGCAAGGGUAGAGAACGGCAUCAGUAUGCGAGUCGAUAAGGAAAAGGAGUGGUGGGAGGAGCCAUACUAUGGCUAG